CUUUAAUUUAAAAGCAAGUGUUCUUUCGCUCUUUCGCAUUUCAUAAUAUAUGUAUUUUUUUUAUAUAAUUCACCAGCCAUUCAAGCUGUUUUAUUAAAUUAUUUAUUCAUGAAUGAGGAAUGCUUCGAGUUGCAGCAAUGCGAAAUGGAAGCAUUGACAGCCAUAUACGGCGACGGCGACAAUAACCAGUUUGCGUUCACUGUAGACAGCGGCACAGACCAGAUCAGCGGCACAGUCGGCAUAGAGGUGGACACAGACAGUGUGGCCAGAUUGCUUAAAGACACUGAAGGCCAGGACAUAAAGUACCUUCCGCCAAUUCAGCUACAAUUCACGCUGCCGCCAGCAUACCCUUUAGACGAAGCACCCGUAAUCACACUGUUUUGCUGCUGGCUGGACGACCAAGGCCUGGGGGCGAUUAAGGAGCGGCUGUCGAUGAUGUGGGAGCUUGAGCGCGGCAUGGGCGUGAUACACAGUUACAUUGACUUGCUCACAUACGACCUAUCGCCCAGCGAGACCAUUUGUGUGGACCUCCAUAGUGACAGGGAGACCGUACUGGCUCAUAACCAGACUGGCAAGCGCAGAAAGUUUGAAAAGGGAAUUUACGCGUGCGCCAUUUGCAUGGAGGAUGACCAACCGGGAAAGCAUUGCAUGGAACUCAGCUGCGGACAUGUUUUUUGCCGACACUGUCUGGCUGAAUACCUGGGGAUGAUCAUAGCCGAGGGCUCUCUGAUUUUACUCAAAUGCCCCGAUCCAGAGUGCCGCAAAUCACCGGCACAGCCUUCCAUUAGCGACCAGGAAAUGGCGGAUCUCCUGGAUGUGUCUCAGAUUGCGCGCUACACGCGGCUAAGCGAGCAGCGGAGGGUCGACCAGGACACCACGCGUUUUGCCUGGUGUCCCCGUUCAGGCUGUGGCCUCAGCGUCGAAUGCGAUGCUCGGUAUCCGCAUCUGAGCCAAUGUGCUUGCGGCUACACAUUCUGCAACCUGUGUUUGCGCGCCUGGCACGGCACCAAUUACUGCGAAAUUAAGAGCUCCGAGCGUAUACUCCGCCAAUACAUCCGGGUGGUUCGCGAAACCGUUGAUUCCCAGGCAAGAGCCCGAUUGGAGAGGCAGUAUGGCCAGGGUGUGCUUCAGAAAAUGCUGCGUGAUCAUGACCAGGAUAACGCCAGCGUGGAUUUCAUUAGGGAGUCGUCACAGCAGUGCCCCAAGUGUAAGCUGUUUAUUCAGAAGGCCUUUGGGUGUAACCAUAUGCAGUGUACGAGGUGUGCUGCGCACUUUUGUUAUUUGUGUGGAGUGCUGCUUCAUCAUGAUAAUCCAAUGAAGCACUUUAAUAAUACAAGGUCAGCUUGCAAUCGGCGGCUGUUUGAAGGGCUAGAGACCGGUGACCAAGACCAAGAAGGGGGGGAUGACGAGGAGGCUAAUUUGCUUAUUAGGCUGGCGUUUGGUGGCAACUCGAGUGAUGAAGACGAAUGACAACGACAAGGGAAUAAAGGAAUUCUAAUGAUAAAUGGCAUAUUCAAACAUUUCAAUUCAUAUGCUGGAUUUUUUUUAGUUUUUCUUUCACCCCCCCCCCCAAAAAAAAUUAAGAGUCAUUUAGAGCCAGUUUUAGUUUUAAAUUUAGUGCCCAUUUCAUUUUUUUUAAAAAAAAAACCAGAUCAGCAGUUGCUGC